CAGCAGCCUGUAGUCUGUAAUUUUCCAACCAGCACUGUAUGAAGUGAGAGUCGGGGUUUCGCCCAGAUCUGGGAGAUCUCUGUAAGCUGAUCUCCAGCUUAGAGUCGGAGCUGGGAGUGUGGCAGUGAAAGACUGGCAGAUCUCUGUGUAAGAGCUGCAAAAAUGGUCAACUUAGAGGGAUCAGUGACACUCCAGGAUGUGGCUGUGGAAUUCACCCCAGAGGAGUGGCAGCUGCUUGACUGUGAUCAGAGAACCUUGUAUUGGGAUGUGAUGUUGGAGAACUUUAGAAACCUCAUCUCAAUGGGGUGUCCAGUCACCAAAACAAUAGUGAUCUUCAAGGUGGAGCAAGGACAAGAGCCAUGGAUGGUGGAGGGAGAGAACCCACGUUGGCGCUCUCCAGAAGCUGACUGCCCACUUAUUGAUGAAUCAGACAAGCACCAGGAAAGCAAAGACAAUUUUUUGAAUUCAGUUUUGUUCAUGUUCAAUAAAAUUCUGACUGUGAAGAGACUUCAUGGCUAUAAUAUGAGCACAAGUCUUAAUCCUACAAGAAAAAUAUCAUAUAAAUGUAAGUCAUAUAGGAAGAGUUUGCAACCUACUUCAGACUUACUUAAUUGUAAUAGGUGUUAUACUGGAGAAAACUCUUAUGAAUGCAGUGAAUGUGGGAAAGCCUUCAAAACGAAGUUUCAUUUUAUUAGACAUGAAAAAAAUCAUACAAGAAAAAAACCCUUUGAAUGCAACGACUGUGGGAGAGCCUAUAGCAGGAAGGCUCACCUUGCAACUCAUCAGAAAAUACAUAAUGGAGAGAGACCCUUUGUGUGCAGUGAUUGUGGGAAAGCAUUUACACAUAAAGCACAACUCAUGGUCCAUCAGAGACUCCACACUGGAGAGAAACCUUAUGAAUGCGGUCAAUGCGGAAAAUCAUUCACCUGGAACUCCUCCUUUACUCAACACGUGAAAUCACAUACACUUGAGAACUCAUUUGAAUGUAAGGAAUGUGGGAAAACCUUCAGGUAUAGUUCAUCCCUUUAUAAACACUCUAGAUUUCAUACAGGAGAGAAACCCUAUCGAUGCAUCGUGUGUGGCAAAGCCUUUGGCAACACUUCUGUGCUUGUUACUCAUCAAAGAAUUCACACAGGAGAGAAACCUUAUGGAUGUAUUGAAUGUGGCAAAGCCUUCAUCAAGAAGUGUCACCUCCUCAGACAUCAGAUAAUUCAUACAGGAGAAAAGCCCUAUGAAUGUAGCAAAUGUAGGAAAGCAUUUUCCCAGAAGUCAAAUCUUAUUUUACAUCAGAAAAUUCAUAUGUAAUAUUCACUUAUGAAUCUGAGAAAACUUUAAAUAUUUGAUAAACCUUAUUAAGUAGAGAAUUUAUGGUGAGGAGAAAUCCACCAAUCUGAAUGAAUUGGAAGAAUAAAUUCCCAUUAAAAAAAACAAUGCCAAUCAUGUUCUGCAAGUGAUAAUAAAGUUUUUAGAGAAAAGAUCACAGAAAAAGUUAAUUUAUAAAUGCACAUAGAGCUUGGAAAGUAAGCAUAAAUUAAACAAUCAAGGAAUCAGUGAAAACUACAUUUACCAUCUCUGAUUUUUAAUUCUUAUAACAAAUUAUACAAUUAUGCAAGUGUGAGUAAAAAAUAUGUUUAUAUUAUAUUAAAUUAUAUCUAUUAAGAGUUUCUGCAGUAAAUUUCACCAUUUUUUUCUUCCAAUCCUAACAGUAACAUGCAAGUGAAAACAUGUGGUUUAAUAUGUAGUAUGAAUUUCAGUAAUAUUUGCACCCAUUUGCUGGCACUUUUGAGGGGUAUGGCAGUGUUACUGAAUCUCAUUCUCAAACUUGUUAUAAAGAUGUAUAGAAUUACACAUAUGUAUAAUUUAACAAGAUACCAAUUGAGAGGGGGAAAGCAGUUGUAUUCUGUAUUACAGUAAGUACUCAGUUGAGGAAAAGAAGCAUUUAAAUAAGUGUGUAAAUAAAACAUUUGCCCUUCAAAUAUUCCUGUUCUUUUUCAUUGAUGUAUUUACCUAAGGUAUAAGUAUAGCUCAAGUAGUAGUUAACUAGGGUAUCAUCUACAUUUCAUUUUAAUAAACUAGAGUGUCAUGAUACUUUGCAACU